AUAGCUACUCGAGCAUUCUUUAGAAGACAAGGACCUUCUGAGAGGCGCCUCUACACUCUCUCCACCCUCUACAGAUCGUGCCACGUAACCGUACGAUUGAAUGUCUACAAUGCAACCUUCCAGACGCGGCCGUCCAAACCGCCAAACACCCACGUCAGGACUAUCACGAGGCGCCCACACACCGCGGGACCGCGGUGACUCUACGCCAUCCUCCAUCUACAAUUCCGAGGCCAACUUCCAUGUCUCAGAUUACCGGGGACGAGGACGAGGACGAGGUCGAGGUCGAGGUAGAGGCAGGGGCCGUGGUGGACCGAACUUCAGAUCGGACCCAGACUAUCCUCCCGUCCCAUCCUUCGCUUCUCUCAACCCCGGUACAGCUGUUUCCAUCAUCCUCAAACAAGACCAGCCCACCGGACACCAAGUCCGCGGUAUUGUAGCAGACUUGCUAACGCGUGGCGAUCAUCCCCGGGGUGUGAAAGUAAGGUUAAGGGAUGGAAGGGUUGGUAGGGUACAGAAACUUGUCUCCGAGAGCGAAGGAACGCAGGGUGAGUAUCUUUAUGAUGAGAGGAGGAGGAGACAGCCUGCGGAUGUGGGAAUAUUUGCUGCGCUGGAAGAGGCGGAUCGGAGAUAUCAGGGAACUGGGAGUGGAGAGUUGAGGAAGCCUCAGGUUGCGAUAUGUCCGGUGUGUGAAGAUUUUGAGGGAGAUGAGGCAGCUGUUGCACAUCAUGUUGAGGAGCAUUUUGGGGGAUGAUGGAAUUGGAAAUGAAGCCAGAACUUCGCACCUUUUC